AUAUGUCAGUUGGUGAGGAAUCUAGGGGGUCUACAGAUAUACAUGAAGAGGACCACUCUAGUGCUUCUGAUGAUGAUGAUAAUGAUGACGAUGAUGAUCGUGAUAAUGAUGACGAUGAUGAACACGACCAUGAUGAUGAUGAUGAAGAUGAAGAAGAGGAGGAUGAUGAGGGUUCUGAUAUGGAAGCCGAUGAUGAUGAUUAUCAAGAUGUAGAGAAUUCUGUAGCACCAGGUUUAGAUGAUGAUUUCUUGAUUCAUAUGGAUGACAUGUUUCCUUCAGGUAAUGGAAAUGGAAAUCAACAUAUUAUCUUUAAUGAUAAUACACAGUUACGUACGUACCAGUUACCAUCUCUAAUGCAUGAUGCUGAUAAUGGUAAUGAGGCUGCAGUUCCAUCUUUACCACCAGCACCAGGUAAUGUUCCAUCAGCUCAUCCUCUGUUAAUUCGAAACGCGGACGCUGCUAGUAUGAUGAGUGUGGCUAGAGUACAUCGGGGUAAUAGACAGAGAGGAUCGUACAGAUUUAACGCUAAUACACAGACGUUACACGUUAAUCUACCAUCUGGUACUACACGACAACCCAAUCCUCCGGUUAUAUUACAAAGGUUAUUGGGUCCAACAACAGCUGCUGAUAUUUUACAACUAACUAAUACAUUAACUACUCAAUCUAGUGGACCAACACAUACUAGAGUUGUAUUAGCAAAUGAUGAUAGAUGUAUUAUAUCAAGACCAGAAGAAGAUAUCUUUGAUGAACUCUUCCAGGAUCCAUAUCCUGAAAGUGGAGCAGCUGGUACAGGGGUUUUAUCGUGUAUACCCUCUACGUUGACAAGAUGGACGGAAGAAACUAAAGUUUUAGAUGCUGAUAGUGUUCACGAUUGUGUUAAUGUAUUGAAGCCUGGUAUUAUAGACAACCUGGUCAAACAUAGAGAUGAUGAACUAUCUGAAAGAAGAGAAGUAAGACAUAAAACUGCAGAAGAGGAAGCUGCUAAAAAAGAGAAAGAAAAACAGGAAAAACAAAAUGAUGUAAAUGCACCUGCAUCUGAGGCUAGUAGUACUAUUAUUAGUAGAGGUGAAACAAGUGGUAGUACUGUAGAUAUAGGUGGUGGUGUAUCAACAGUAGCUGGUGUAACACAUCCACCAUCAAUAACAUCAACACCAAGACCACCAGUAUCAGCUGUUGAUAAUACUGGUACACAGAUCAGUGUAAGUGAAGCUGUAGCAGCAGUAGAAAGAUUAGCAUCAGUUGUUGUGGAAGAAGUUUUAGCAUCACCAAUACCAACAACAACUGUAACAAUGUCUGUUCAAACCCCAGCUUUAUCUAGUAUAACUGGUACCUUUACAACACCAGUUACUACUACUACUACCACAGUUUCUAGUGACACAACACAAUCAACAGUACCUAGAACAAUAGAUAACUUUGUUACACCAUUAAUGUUGCAAGGUCCUCCUGUUAUUAUGCCAGCAGCUCCUAGAAGUAGAAAUGAAGCACCAACUGGAAAUCAAACCAAUUUAGCUUAUCUGUUGUCAUUUGAUGAUGAUGCACCGCCAAAUUCACAUGCUGAAGACUCUUUACUGGGAGAUAACUCUGCUUCUCCUGCAUUGGCUAGUAGUACAGCGGCAGCAUCUAGUUCUUCAUCUACUGAACAACUUGGUUUGACAUCUAUAACUGGUACAGCAGGUAGACCAAUACCUUCAUCUACUAUUCAUUCUACUACAAACAUUCCUAGUUCUGGUACAUCUAGCUCUGAUCCUAAUCUUCCUGAUGGAGUUGAUCCAUCUUUCCUAGCAGCCCUACCUGAAAAUAUCCGUCAAGAAGUCAUAGCUGAACAACUACGCCUGCAGAGAAUACAACAAAGGGCACAACAGCAAGCCCAAGCUGCUGAAAGUACUGGUACCAUGGAGGUUAAUCCUGAGUUUUUAGCUGCUUUACCUCCUGCUAUACAAGAAGAGGUUUUGGCACAACAGAGGGCUGAACAAGCUCGAGCAGCAGCUCAAACACAAUCUCAAACUAAUCCAGAUACACCCAUUGACCCAGCAGGAUUCUUCGCUACUUUACCUUCUCAAUUACGACAACAAGUUCUAUCUGACAUGGAUGAAAGUAUGAUAGCUGUAUUACCAACUGAUUUGGCUGCGGAGGCACAAGAACUGAGAAGAGAAUUGGAAGACCGACAUCGUAGAUUGAUGCAAGAGAGAUUAUUCGCGCAAGCGGGUGCUGCUUCGUUGUCUGCUAUAUUACGACAUACAGGAUUAGCUGGACGUUUAGGAACUAGAUAUGCUAUUAGAGCUGCACCUAGAGGUGGUAAUCAGUGGGCCUGGGGAUCAGGAAGGAUGUCUCAACAAAACAGCGCCAAUGCCAACAAUAUGAAAGUGAAGGGACGACAUCUUUUGGAUCACGAGUCACUGACUUGUUUAUUAGUUUUGUUGUUUUUGGAUGAACCCAAGUUGAACACCAAUAGAUUACAUCGUGUUUUAAGAAACUUGUGCUAUCAUGGACCAACUAGAGCGUGGGUUAUACGGGCGCUUCUCUCUAUCUUACAGAAAACUAGUGAUUGUAAGAUGGAUAAUGAUGAAAAAGGUAAAACACCGGAAAAAAAUAAACUGAAAAAAUUAUCAGCCAUGCAAACUGACUCUCCUUCCGUCAGUCGGAGUGAAAGGAAUCAAAUUUCAUGGUUGAACAUAAGUCAGGAGGCUGCUCUCGGUUGUCGAGCAAACGUCUUUCAGAUUCAACGAACUGGUAAAAAACACACCAAUUCUUCUAAUGCUUUUGUUUCUAUACAUUCUCAAGCUGCACCGGUUGUUUGUCGUCAUGUGUUAGAUACUCUCAUAUCUCUUGCUAAAAUAUUCCCAGGACAGUUCCUGCCAUCUUCAAGUGCUAAUAAUUCGCGAUUGAAAGACCUACAGAAAUGUGAUGAGGAAAAAGACUCUGAAUCUAAAUCCAAACAAAGUGGAUCAAGUGGUAGUGGUGGGGCUGUUAGUCCCAGAUUGUCACGAUCGGAAAAAGGUGAUAAAUCCGACAGCAAGUCUGAGACUGAUUUUUGGGACUUAUUGGUGCGUCUUGAUAGUGCUUGUGGUAAACGGGGUAAAGGUAUGCCAAGAACUCAUUCGAACUCGUGUUCUGAAGUAGAGGUGCUUAGUACAAGUUAUAACACAUCUCCUAUUGGUCAGCUGAUGGCUUUCCUAUCUCAUUCUGUGAUACGUCGUAGUCAAUUAUUGACGGAUCGAUUGCUACGUCUCUUAGGUUUAGUGUCCAUAGGUCUUCCAGAAUCUGCUCGUAAUAGGUCUAGUGGAGUCAUCUCCAUGACGACUGUCUCUAAUUCAGCAACUGCCAUGGCAACCACUCCAGCUAUUGUAACAAGAACUGGUCCAGCUGUAUCUGCUCCCCUACCUACUGAGAUAAAAACAGAAAUUGGUGAAAGUAGUAAAGAUACAGAAAUAAAAGAAGAUGAUGAUGUACCAAUAUUAGAAACAGAAUUACAAUUAGCUGUCCAGGUUUUAACAUCCAAGUCCUGUUCUGAAGAAGGUUUAGAAGAUGCUACGAACCUGUUAUUACAGUUGUCAUGGGCAACACCAGCAACACGUAACUCUGUUUUACAGUUAUUAUUACAAGGUGCUAGGGAGCUGGGUAUGACAGUCAGUACACAUAUCUGGAGUUUAUUAUCUGAGUUACAACAUAUGAACAGUAAAUUAAAAGAUGAAGGAGCAGAUGAAGAUAGAGAUGCUGAACCAUUGUCUAGUCAACCUGCUAAAGGUGUUCUUGUUGAUAGAUUUGCACCCAGUAACAAUAUCAUAGUGGCUGCACCAGCUAAAUUUAAGACUGGGCGAGAAUUACAACUUCCGUCCAUGUCACAGUUAACCAGUAAAGUAUCCAGUCAGCAGUUCUUUCUACGUGUAUUAAAGGUUAUAAUACAACUUAGAGAAGCUGCUCGAAUAGCUGCUAAGAAUGCUCAAAAACAAGGUACGCGUGAUAGAUUAAGUAUGGCUGAAGCUAUGGCUGCAUUAGAAGCUCAGGAUGAUAGUGGCAUGGAAGCGUUUGGUUUACCAUCAACCAGUCAAUCAGCUAGUAUAUCAACUAAUUCAUCGAGUACCGAUACUACUCCUUCUACUACAGCUACACAGUCAGUAGAACAAAAUACAGAAACACCCAUGGAUGUUGAUCAAGCAGGACCAUCGCAAGAUAAGAGUAAAGAGAAGAAAGUAGAAGAGAAGAGCUGUGUAUUACCACGUCUAAGUGAACAGUUACAACUAGAAGAUUUGUGGCAUAUGUUGGGAGAUUGUUUAACAGAAUUAGCUAAAACACCAGAUCAACAUGCAGUAUUAAUACUACAACCUGCUGUAGAAGCUUUCUUUAUUGUUCAUGCUGGUGAAAAAGAUUUGAAACCUACAGAUACUAAUGCACCUAAACGAGAGGAUCAAAUGGCUCAUCUUAAUCUAGAGAUGGCACCACCAUCACCUUCUCCUGGUCUUCCUGCAGAGGAAACACUUCUACUCUCCCGUGAAAAUUCUGUUGCUUCAGUUUCGUCUAUUAUUCAUCUACCUCCUGAUACACAGAAAUUCCUUAAAUUUGCAGAAACACACCGAACAGUUUUAAAUCAGAUAUUACGACAAUCAACAACACCAUUAGCUGAAGGACCUUUCUCUGUACUGGUAGAUCAUACUAGAAUUCUUGAUUUUGAUGUAAAACGAAGAUAUUUCCGACAGGAACUAGAACAACAUGAUGAGGGUUUAAGACGUGAAGAUUUACCAGUCCACGUGAGAAGAGAACACGUGUUCGAAGAUUCGUUCCGGGAAUUAUUCCGUCGUACACCAGAAGAAUGGAAACAACGAUUCUAUAUUGUCUUUGAAGGUGAAGAAGGCCAGGAUGCAGGUGGUUUAUUAAGAGAAUGGUACCUGAUUAUCUCGAGAGAAAUAUUUAAUCCUAAUUAUGCUUUAUUCCGUACAUCACCUGGUGACCGAGUUACCUAUACUAUCAACCCGUCAUCACACUGUAACUCGAAUCAUCUCAGCUAUUUUAAAUUUGUUGGACGUAUUAUAGCUAAAGCUGUGUAUGAUAAUAAACUAUUAGAAUGUUAUUUUACCAGGUCAUUCUAUAAACAUUUAUUAGGAUUAGCUGUCAAAUAUACAGAUAUGGAGAGUGAAGAUUAUUCGUUUUAUCAAGGUUUAGUUUUCUUGAUAGACAAUAGUGUUCAUGAUCUUGGAUAUGAGUUAACAUUUAAUACUGAGAUUCAGGAAUUUGGUGUGACAGAAUCUCGUGAUUUAAAACCAAAUGGUAGAAAUAUUCCUGUAACAGAUGAAAACAAGAGAGAAUAUGUGAAACUAGUCUGUCAGAUGAGAAUGACUGCUGAUAUCAGAAAACAACUAAAUGCUUUCUUAGAAGGAUUUUAUGAUAUUAUACCCAAGAAACUAGUAUCUAUAUUUACCGAACAAGAGAUUGAGUUAUUGAUAUCUGGUCUACCUACUAUUGAUAUAGAUGAUCUAAAAUCUAAUUCAGAAUAUCAUAAAUAUCAGGCAACAUCACUACAGAUUCAGUGGUUCUGGAGAGCAUUAAGGUCUUUCGAUCAAGCUGAGCGUGCCAACUUUUUACAAUUUGUCACUGGAACAUCAAAAGUUCCACUACAGGGUUUUGCUUUCUUGGAAGGUAUGAAUGGAAUCCAGAAAUUCCAGAUCCAUCGAGAUGAUAGAUCUACAGAUAGAUUACCAACAGCACAUACAUGUUUUAAUCAGUUGGAUCUACCAGCCUAUGAAACCUAUGAUAAAUUACGUCAUAUGUUGUUAUUAGCUGUUAUGGAAUGUUCAGAAGGAUUCGGUCUUGCCUAAAAACUAAAACAGCAAAAAAAAAAAAAAAUGUGAUAUGAUUACUCAAAAAACAUUUAUGUACUCGAUAGCCAUUAUUUAUUUAUUUUUAGUGCUUAUUUACAAAUGUCGAUGAAAUUCUUCAACAUUGGAAGAGUUGAAUUCAUUUAAUUUUCUUAUAAAGAAAACAAACUGAUGUUAGGAAACUAUAUACUGAACAUAAGAUAAAUGUAUGAACAAUAUGAUAGUGUUUAAUGAGCUAGUGUUUUUAUAUAAAUCUAUUACAGCGCCUAAUUUCGUAUUUACUGCUGCUUUGCUUUCAUACUUUAUAUAUAUGAAUAUGCACUUGAAAUGCUAUGAAUGCUUUAAGUCAAGAGUUGCCCAAAAGAAACUGGAUUUUUUUCUUUUUUAAAAAGCAGUUGUUGAACAUGCCAGACUUGUCAUAAGACAACUUCCCAGAUAUCCUGAAUAAAAAUAUUGUUUUAAAAAAAGAAAGAUAACUUCCGGAUAAGUCUAAUUUAGUCCUAAUAACAAAAAGUAAACAUUGGACCUUGUAAAUUGAUCAGAUUAUGAGAUUAUAAGGAUUCACAUAAAUAUUAAGUUUGGUUUCGUAAUAAUCUUCAUUUGAAUAUAUUUAGAAUUAUUAUUGACAAUACACAAAGUGUGAACAUUGGCUGGGGACUACCCUGACUUCAUCAAAAUAUCCAUUAAUAGUUUACAUUCGAAAUAGAUGCUUAUUAAACCUUGUUAAAAAUAUCCAUGGGUUUCACAGUCGGAUCACACAGAUGAUGAACUAUCAUUAAAUUGAUUGAACCUCCACUUUUAAACAAAAGCAUGUAAAGUUGAAUGUAAAUAUUUUGAUGUCUUGCCCAGAUGAUCUUGGUGAGAGUUUGUUGUGUUGGUGUUUUUGUAAAUAUUAAAGAGUGAUUCUGUAGUUCUAUUUGACUUAGAAUUUGUGUUAUUUUUGUUUAAUUAAAAGAUUUGUUUGCAAUAUUUGUUAAUAUUUAUUUAUAAGAUAGCAAUUUGAACAUCAAUAGUCAUCUAAAAGUUGAUAUAUUAUCACCCCGAUAUAAUAAAAAAAUAUCACUAAAUCCCAUCUUAUAUUAAAUAUCCUACAAUAAAGGAUGUCAAAUUGUGAAUUUGAUACUUUAUUGGUUAUUAAAGAUGCAUUAUGUAAGUUAAAGAGCUAGAUAGAUAAUGAAAAAUGAGUAUAUUAAAAAUUUCAAAUAACUUUAUUCUGAGCAAAGUUAUAAAUGGUUGAAGUUGUGACAAGAAAUAGCGUAAACCGUCAAGUACCAUUGCUAGGAUAAUAAACAAAGUCUCUAUUUUAAAGUUUAAUCCACUCAAUAUCUCGGCCAUCCGAUAUUGUAGAGAGUUGAUUAUAGGCUUGUCAUGUGAAUAAAUGUCUAAAUGAUAAUUUAAAUAUCAUUUUAAGCCCGAAAAAAGACAUGCAAUAGGCAUAGACUCUAUCUGGGAGGUUCUGGGUGACCGAGACUACAAUAGAAAGAUUUAGCUCUUGCAUAAUACAUCCUUAACAGUUGUACAUCAACUCAAUAUAAUAGGAAAACGUCACUAAAUCCAUCACAAAGAGUUAAUAUCCUAAGAUGUAGGAUAACAGAUGUGAAUUUGAAACUUGUUAUUAUUUUGUUGGUUUUUUUUCUCUUUGAGUUUUGGGUUGCAUUAUGUAUAAUAUUUCGAGAUUUUGUUGUUAAAGUAAGGGUCUCUAUUUAUAAAUAUAUUUGUUGUAAAUAUAUGUAAAUGUAAUUAAUACAAGAUUCUUGUCAAUUUGCUUAAUAGAUUUUUUUUUUGUUGUUUGCCCUACUUGUGUUUGUGAAAAGGACAAAUAAAGAUUGUACAAAGUCACCAAAUUAUAGAUAUAUAUUGCUAUAUGUACAGUUUUCUCUGCCAACUUAUUCUACAAAGUAUUAUAUAUACUAGAAGAUGGUAUUUAAAGAUUUAUAAUGAUUCAAGAAACUGUUUAACACAUUGUAUGUACAUUUCUCUGAUGUUUAAUAAAGUUCUCAUAAUUCUACAACAAAUU